AUGUCCUUCCUUACAUCGGCUCGACCUUUGAGCAAGAACGUUCUGAUUUACUCCAGAGCUAGCAAAUAUGCCUUGACUUCGCUCAGAUAUCUGUCGUCUAAAAAAUCGGAAAACGAUGCAUCCGAGGAUGUUUCCCAGGCGAAAAAGCCCUUGGGUGCUGUUUUGAAGAAGAGAAGCGGAUCAAGAAAGGAUAAGGUUCAACCAGAAGCAUCCACCAUUUCUGCUACAAAAGAAACAACGCAGUGCUACAUUCCUUUCGAUAAACUUCCAAAACCUCCAAAGGAGAUCACAGAUAUGCCUUUGGACAAGUUUUACGCUAAGGUGUACAUGCGAGAUCUUCCAGAGCGGCCCGAGAUCACACCUUCGAAUACCUUCUCAUACAAGUUUGAGAUCCCUUCCCAGUUUAUCCGUCCCAAAAGACUAGACCAGGAAACGCCAAAUCAGAAAUCUUCCUUUGAGCCAGCACACAACAUUCUUGAUUUCAAGAUCGACUACGAUAACAGUGGCUUGAUGAAAGCUCCGGAUCACCCACUCAAGGAGUCCAUCACAGGAAUGUUUGUUUCCAACCCUCUCAUGAACAACAUUGAUAAUGACUUUCUUUGGGACUUGUAUCCAAAGGGUAAGAUCUUUGGCCAUGCCCCAUUUGGAGGGAACCCUAAUUUUGAUGGUUUCCGGGAGUGGGAAAAAGGUGAGAAUGCUAAAGUCAAACAAAAGGAGCUUCAGUUUGAAGCUAAACUACAAGAAAUGAAGGAGUUUAACGAAACAUUAAAUGAGACCAAAUCAUUCUAUCGGAAGACUGCUCCUGAGGUUGAAAAAGCAGAGCCUUCUUCAUCUAAAGUGGAGACAAAAAAAGCUGGUGGAAGACGUAAGUUGGACCGCAGCCUUCUUAAACAAUACCGCAAGUACAAGAAGGAAGGCUGGCUUCGGAGAAAACUCCCCGAAGAUGACGAAGACGAGAAUUUUUAA